UUCAACCACAGCUGUGAACGGUAUGCUCUGGACAGUAAUUGUUUUGGGGUUGGUCAUAGAGUCCUGGGCGCUUCCUGUCAGGAACUCCUCUGCAGUGAAUGAAACAAAGAUGAGGACAAAGAGAGGAUACUCCGAGGAGUAUUUGUCCCCAGAUGAUAUGAAUCCAAUGGACUGGAUCCUUCGAGCAAACAGCAUGCUGGCAGGGGUUACAGGCUUUUCCUUCCGGGAGGGGGACAUUGCUAGCUCGGGGCUGUGGAGUGCCAUCACCUGUCCAGGGCAGAGCUGCCUGUGGCCCAAGUCAGUGGAUGGAUUUGUGUAUGUGCCGUACACCAUCUCUGCUCUUUAUGACAACAUGGACAGAAUCACUAUAGAGGUGGGGAUGGAGGACAUCUCUGCUGGGACUUGUGUGAAGUUUGUCCCACGCACACACCAAGCUAACUUCCUGGAUAUCCAGCCUAAAUUUGGAUGCUGGUCUUUUCUGGGCAUGGUGGGAGGAGGACAGCCCCUGUCCCUGCAGUCUCCCGGGUGCAUGUGGUCUGGGGUGGCGUCCCACGAGCUCAUGCACGCUCUGGGCUUUGUGCAUGAGCAGUCCCGCUCUGACCGGGACCGUUAUGUCACAAUAUUGUGGGAAAAUAUCAUUGAGGGUCAAAAACACAACUUCAAGAAGUAUGAGACAAACAACCUCAACACUAUAUAUGAUUAUGACUCUGUGAUGCACUAUGGGAGGUAUGCUUUCUCAGAGGAUGGGUUACCCACAAUCAUCCCAAAACCUGAUCCUAACAUUCCUAUUGGCCAAAGAGAUGGUCCCAGUCCACUGGAUAUUCACAAAAUAAAUCUCCUGUAUAAUUGCUGGGGCUUCGUGUGACCAGAUAUCAGCGCCAAAGGACACUGCAGAAGCUGAAAUGUAAUGCUCCUUAAAAGACAAAGUCAAGUUUG